AUGAAUAUUUAUAAUAAUGUUUUGGUUGCAUUUAAUUCAUUGCAACAUGUGAUGGAAGUCAAAGGAAAUAAAACUUGUGGAUUUUCGCUACAUGGAGUCGAAGGUAGACUAUUAAAAAUAAUUGCUGACGUAUUAAAAUUCAACUUAAGUUUUGUGUCACCUGCUGAUGGUGAAUGGGGCACGUUAACCCCCGAUGGAAGUUGGUCUGGUUUAGUUGGAAUGCUGGAGAGAAAUGAGGCCGAUCUUGCUCUGAGUUUCUUAGGAGUGACAUCCAAAAGCCUUUUAGUUCUUGAUGCUAGUAAGCCACUUCUUCAUGAACCGGUAAAAUUCAUGGUAGGUAAGCCUAAGGCCUUAUCUACUUCUAUAGCCCUACUAAAAACAUUCGACGUUGCCGUCUGGAUUGGCGUUGGUCUUAUACUCCUAUUCCUACCGCUUAUAUUCAAAGUUCUUUUGAAGGAAUCUUUUGGAAAUACAUUUCUGCAAUUCGUCGGAAACUUGGUGAAGCAGCCCACUACUAUUCCAACCACGUCAAAACCACGUGCCUUGCUGUUGGGGUUUUGGUGGUUUUAUGCUUUGGUGGUAUCGUUCUCGUACUCGGCUGCUGUUUUGUCAUUUCUUUCUUAUCCGUUGGACGAGAAGGCGAUACGUACUUUCGAAGAACUGUCGAAAGCUGUGAAAAAAGGCACGCACAAGUGUUUGACGUUGCGAGGUUCAAACCUUGACGGCGUGCUGAGAUGGGAGAAAAGCGUUCACUUACAAGAUCUGGGUAAGACGAUAAAGCAAAAGGGAUGGUUUUUUAAUAUAGGCGAGAGAAUAACCGAAAAAGAAUUCAGCGAUACGGCGAUAAUGGAUUUGAAAUUCAUGCUGGAUGUAAACUACGGAUAUCUUGAACAAGACUUUACCUUAAUGUCUACCGAUGGUCUGGAGUCUAGUUUUACAGCUAUAUCCAUCAAUAAGAGGUUUUGCUGCAAAAGUGCUAUAAAUACUGUUUUAUCAAGACUUCAGUGUUCUGGCAUCUUCAAUAAAGUAAUUAAAGAUGAAUUGGUAUCAAACUGGAUUUUGAAAAAUAAGAACAUCUAUGUGAAGCCUAAAGCGGGUGCUGUUACACUGGAUGAUGUGCGUGGUCCUUUUUUAAUUUUAUUUGGAGGAUAUAUUAUCGCGAUAUUUUGUUUAUUUGUCGAAAGAAUAUAUUAUAUCACUCAUGCAAAACGUUAA